UUUGAACGGAAAAAAUUACGACGAAUUCGGAACAAUGAUGCCGCCCGGCGAUCACGUCAAGCACGUCGUGUGAAAGAAGCAAAAAAUCGUACUCGUCUGGCUGCUCUCGAACAGGAGAACGAUGCAUUACGGACGCAAAUUGGCAUAUUGAAAAAAGAAUUGGAACACGUACAUUUAGUUAUUUUAGCAACAAAUGUAACAUGGAAAAGAUUACUGCAAGAUCAAUUUUAG